AUGAUGAAAUCUUUCAAUCCAUCAUCUCCAUCAACAGGCUAUCCGCUGGACUCUUCGAGAAUGGCCACCAACCUACCUCAAACAGUUUCCAACUUGCACGGAGCAGUUCCGUCAGCCAAUCAGGUGUUCAUCGUUCAGGCCCCUCGUUUGAAGAGGACGUACGAUUCGUACGAGCUUUCUUUUGCAAACAUAUGCGGCAUGGUCCAAUGCUUUUGUGGAAUUUUUUCAUUGGCUCUUGGAAUCGCCAGCCCACUUGAAUGUGGGGAACUCGGUUUCAUCGGCUACGGAGUUUGGGGCGGAGUCAUGAUAAUGACGACAAUGGUACUUUCCAUAAUAAAUUCAUGUCUGGGCGCCAUUCAGUUCUCACUGGGAACAUACUCUGCCCACAUGAACAACCUCAGAUUAAGCUUAGCGGCCAGUUUGAGAAGAUGUCCAUAUGCCGUGGCUACAUACCCAAACAGCAUAGAUUGGAUAGGCGCUGUUGUGAUAGAUUCCCUGCUUGCCUGUACAGGUCUCAUUGAAAUGCUGGCUGCCAUCUUUGCCUCCAUAAUAUGCUGUGCAGUUGUCUGUGGACCCCAGGACUACACUACUGCAUCAGACGUGCCCGUGAGAAGGAACAGGGUUCUGCCAGCACAAUUUGUCUUCACAUCCAACCAGCCACCACAAUCGCUAGGAAACCAAACAUACAUUACAGAACAUGAUUUCGGAUCAUUAUUCAUUGCCAUUGCAUUGUUCUAA